CACUUGAACUGCGGUAAGCUGCUAACUGCGAAGCAUGGAGGUUUCCGGCGGCGGAGGAGGAAGGUGCAGCAGCAGCCCUACGUGGAACGGGGUGGUUGAGCUGACGAAGGCGGCGCAGGAGAAAGGAAGUGACCCUCUGGUUUGGGCGAUUCAGAUGUACUCGAACUUGAACUCCGCCGGAGAGGCACUCCCGUCGGUGGAGCUGGCGGAGCUUCUCGUUUCGUACAUUUGCUGGGACAACAAUGUCCCCAUUCUAUGGAAGUUUCUAGAUAAAGCCUUGACUCUUAAGAUCGUUCCUCCCAUGCUUCUCCUCGCUCUCCUUUCUCUCAGGGUUCUUCCUUGUAGACAUGUCCAACCUGCAGCAUAUAGACUAUACUUGGAACUCCUCCGAAGACAUGCUUUUGAACUUAAAUCUCAGAUAAAGAGGCCUGAUUAUCAAAAGGUCAUGAAAUCUGUAGAUGAUGUUCUUCAUCUUUCCCAGAUAUUUGGCAUAUCACAAAGUGAGCCUGGCAUUCUGGUGGUUGAAUUUGUUUUUUCGAUUGUCUGGCAGUUGCUUGAUGCAUCGUUGGAUGAUGAAGGGUUGCUGGAACUUACUCCUGAAAAGAAGUCUAGAUGGGCCACGGUAUAUCAAGAUAUGGAACUGGAUGAGCAUGAUAGUUAUAAUGACAAAAGGAAUGAACAUUAUGAGAAGUUGCAAACUGUGAAUACUCUUAUGGCUGUUGAGAUGAUUGGUCAGUUUUUGCAGGAUAAAGUUUCUUCGAAGAUUCUUUACUUGGCUAGCCAAAAUUUGCCUGCACAUUGGUUAACUUUUGUUCAGAGGCUGCAGCUGCUGGCAUCAAAUUCAUUAAGUUUGAGAAAAUCAAGAACUUUAAUUCCUGAGGCACUUCUACAACUGACUUCAGAUACUCGUAUUUUCUUGCCUCGAGAAUGCAGAACAAGUUCACAACAAAAGUUUCAUGCAGUUAUGAAUUUCGAAUAUCUUUCUUCUUCAGCUUCACUCUGUCAUGGUGCAAGUCAUUCUGCUCUUUGGAUUCCUCUUGAUCUGGUGCUAGAAGAUGCUAUGGAUGGCUAUCAAGUUAGUGCAACAAGUGCAAUUGAAGUAAUUGGGGGUUUGAUAAAGACACUCCGAGCAGUAAACGGUACCUCAUGGCAUGAUACCUUUCUAGGCCUUUGGUUAGCAACUCUUCGUCUUGUUCAGAGGGAAAGAGAUCCUAUUGAGGGCCCAAUGCCUCAUCUUGAUACUCGAUUAUGCAUGCUCCUGUGUAUCAUACCUCUUGUUGUUGCUGAUCUCAUUGAGGAGGAGGAGGUGGAAGGGACACCAGUUGAUGAAACAGAUAGUGAACCUACAGAUCACUGGAAAGAUAAAAAGAUUCCAGGAAAGUGUCGGAAUGAUUUAGUCUCAAGUCUCCAAGUAUUAGGUGACUAUCAGAGCUUGCUCACACCGCCUAAAUCUGUUGUUUCCGCUGCAAAUCAAGCUGCUGCAAAAGCAAUGCUGUUUGUUUCUGGCAUCACAAUAGGGAGUGAAUAUUUUGACUGCCUCAGCAUGACAGAGAUGCCAAAUGACUGUGCUGGAAACAUGCGUCAUUUGAUAGUUGAGGCUUGUAUUGCCCGAAAUCUACUCGACACAUCUGCCUAUUUAUGGCCUGGUUAUGUGAAUGGAUGUAUCAAUCAAAUACCUCAGUGUAUCCCAGCUCAAGUACCUGGCUGGUCAUCAUUUAUGAAGGGAGCACCACUUACUUCAAUGAUGAUUAAUGCUCUGGUUUCAAGUCCUGCUACAAGCUUAGCAGAACUGGAGAAAAUAUUUGAAAUUGCGAUCGGGGGAUCAGAAGAUGAAAGGAUAUCUGCUGCUGCCAUUCUUUGUGGGGCAUCCCUGAUUCGGGGAUACAAUAUACAGGAGCACACUGUUCAUUUCAUUCUCAGGUUACUAUCUCCACCAGUUCCGGAAGAGAAUGUUGAAGGAAACAGCCAUCUGAUUGAAUAUGCUCCAAUACUCAAUGUACUCUUUGUUGGAAUUGCAUCUGUUGAUUGCGUUCAAAUAUUUUCACUUCAUGGCAUGGUUCCACAGCUUGCAUGUUCGUUGAUGCCUAUCUGUGAAGUUUUUGGGUCAUGUGUGCCUAAUAUCUCAUGGAGACUAACAUCUGGGGAAGAAAUAUCUGCCCAUGCUGUGUUUUCAAAUGCAUUUAUUCUUCUCUUGAAGCUUUGGAGAUUCAAUCAUCCUCCUAUCGAAUAUGGAAUUGGAGAUGUUCCCACCGUUGGUUCUCAACUAACUCCUGAAUACCUACUCUUAGUUCGAAACAACCAUCUAAUGUCAGCUGGCAAUGUCCACAAGAAUAGAAACAGGAGGAGGCUCUCAGAGAUAGCGAGUUUAUCAUCGCCUAAAUCUGUAUUUGUCGACUCGUUUCCAAAAUUGAAAGUCUGGUAUAGGCAGCAUCAAGCAUGCAUUGCUGCAACAUUGUCUGGUCUUGUUCAUGGGACCCCUUUUCAUCAGAUAGUUGAGGGGCUUCUCAACAUGAUGUUUAGAAAGAUUAACAGAGGAAACCAAAAUUCUAUUACAUCUGGAAGCAGUAGCUCUUCUGGGCCUGGAAGUGAAGAUACCUGGCCAAAGUUGCCUGCUUGGGAUAUUCUGGAAGCCAUUCCCUUUGUAGUUGAUGCUGCUCUCACAGCAUGUGAUCAUGGACGGUUAUCUCCGCGUGAGUUGGCAACAGGGCUUAAAGAUUUGGCUGAUUUUCUUCCUGCAUCUCUGGCUACCAUAAUAAGUUACUUCUCUGCUGAAGUAACUCGUGGUGUUUGGAAACCUGCAUUUAUGAAUGGAACUGAUUGGCCAAGCCCUGCUGCGAAUCUACUGAAUGUUGAGGAGCAGAUCAAGAAAAUUUUGGCUGCUACCGGUGUUGAUGUGCCUAGCCUUGCUUCAGGGGACAGCUCUCCUGCCACCCUUCCAUUGCCCUUGGCUGCCUUCACAAGCCUUACCAUUACCUACAAAGUCGACAGAACAUCGGAGCGCUUUCUUAAUUUGGCCGGCCAAACAUUGGAGUGUCUUGCUGCAGGUUGUCCAUGGCCUUGCAUGCCAAUUGUGGCUUCCUUGUGGACACAAAAGGCAAAACGUUGGACCGACUUCCUUAUCUUCUCGGCUUCUAGAACCGUCUUACUCCACAACAAUGAUGCCAUAGUCCAACUUCUUAAAAGCUGCUUCACAGCUACCCUUGGCAUGAGCAACUCUCCUAUCUCAUGCAGUGGCGGCGUUGGCGCCCUCCUUGGCCAUGGAUAUAAGUCACAUUUCUGUGGAGGGAUGUGUCCUGUUGCUCCUGGAAUCCUAUAUCUACGCGCAUAUCGGUCAAUCAGAGAUAUGGUUUUCUUGACAGAAGAAAUUGUUUCAAUCUUGAUGCACUCAGUGAGAGACAUUGCAUGUGGUACGCAGCGGAGGGGGCGGUUGGAAAAGCUGAAAGCAACCAAAGAUGGCAUGAAAUAUGGAAAGGUAUCGCUCGCUGCAUCAAUGUCUCGGGUGAAGCUUGCGGCUGCGCUUGGUGCUUCAUUUGUAUGGCUAUCAGGAGGGUUGAUGCUGGUUCAACUACUAAUAAAGGAAACUCUGCCUUCAUGGUUUAUAUCAGUUCACAGAACAAACCAACAAGAGAACUCCGAUGGAAUGGUUUCAAUGCUUGGUGGAUAUGCACUUGCAUACUUUGCAGUUCUAUGUGGAGCCUUUGCAUGGGGUGUUGAUUCGUCAUCAUCUGCUUCGAAGCGACGUCAGAAAGUCUUGGGAGUUCACAUGGAGUUUCUGGCCAGUGCACUUGAUGGUAAGAUAUCGCUUGGCUGCGAUUCGGCUACUUGGCGUGCCUAUGUGUCAGGCUUCGUGAGCUUGAUGGUUGGUUGCACUCCAAACUGGGUGCUGGAAGUUGAUGUAAGUGUGUUGAAGAGACUGAGCAAUGGGUUGAGGCAGUUGAAUGAGGAAGAGCUUGCUCUGUCUUUGUUGGGUGCUGGGGGUGUAGGGACAAUGGGGGCUGCAGCUGAACUCAUAAUUGAAAGUGGAAUGUGAGAAACCUUUUUCUCCAUCGUGAGGGCAUCAUCUUAGGGUAUUUGUACAUUAGUUUCAUGUUUAUAAAGUUGUGCAGCUCUGUAUUAACAGUUUUGUUUGAUUAGUUAUCAAUUGGAAAUUUUUAUGCUCAAUUUGCUCA